UCUUCAAAACUGCAACAAUUUCAAACAACUGAAACAAAUCCAUGCUAGAAUAAUCCGUUUUCGUCUUACUCAUGACCAAUUACUUAUCAGAAAGCUAUGUCAAAUUUCUUCAUCAUAUGAAUAAUAUGAUGAAUCUUUACUUCAAGAUUGGGGGGGAUGUUGAUGAUGGGUGGAAGGUGUUUGAUAAAAUGCGUGUGAGGAAUGUGGUUUCGUGGACAACUGUGAUUGCUGGGCUUGUAGCUUGUGGGAAAUUGGAUACUGCGAGGGAAGUAUUUGAGAGGAUUCCGUCGAAGAAUGUUGUGUCGUGGACGGCGAUGAUAAAUGGGUAUGUGAAAAAUGAUAACCCGAUUAAGGCUUUUGAUUUGUUUGAAAGGAUGUUGAUUGAUAAUGUGAGGCCGAAUGAGUUUACACUGGUGAGCUUGAUUAAAGCUUGUACUGAUUUGGGUAGUCUGAAAUUGGGCAGACGAAUGCAUGAUUUCGCAUUGAAGAAUGGUUUUGAGCUUGGACCUUUUUUGGGUACUGCUCUUGUUGAUAUGUAUAGCAAAUGUGGUAGUCUAGAUGCUGCUGUUAAAGUGUUUGGUUUAAUGGAAGUGAGAAACUUGGCUACCUGGAAUACAAUGCUUACUAGCUUCGGUGUGCAUGGGUUUGGGAAUGAAGUGCUAGACCUUUUCAAAGAAAUGGAGAAGGCCGGUGUAGUUCCUGAUGCUAUCACUUUUGUUGGUGUUUUGAGUGCUUGUGUUCAAAUUAAUGAUCUGGAACUAGGCCAGAAGUAUUUCAGUCUCAUGACAGAACAUUACAGUUUAACACCUAUCUUGGAACACUAUACGUGCAUGGUUGGACUCUAUACUCGUGCUAAUGAGUUAAAUGAGAUUCGCACAUUAGGGGAUACAAUGUCAUUGUCAAUAGAAGCAAAUCAUAAUGUUGCAGAAUUGCUACAAGAGAGUAAACCCACUGGUUUUGAUGACAUGGAGAAACUCAUACACAAGCAUUACAGGGAUUCAGAUUUAUCAGAAUUCGUUUUAGAUCAUUCUGCAACUCCAACCCAACCAAAUUCCAACCCUUGGAUUCAAAUUGUAUCAUGAAUUCCUGAUCCACUGGUCGAGAUUUGACUGCACAGGGUUACUACAAUAUCAACCAAACAAGUACGUGAAUUGUGACUUGUUUUAACGUUCUCUAUCACACCAUGUGCGAGCUUAUGUGAAUAUAUCGUCUCGGAUGCUAUUGAGAGAAGCUGCAUACAAUAUAGCCAACUGGUGCCUCUAAUUUUGUGUACAGUAUGCUACUGGAAUCAUAAUCAUCUACACUGAUAUUUAGCAUUAUAGAAUAAUACCAAUUUUUUAAAGCAACACAAUGACAUCAAGUUGAUCUUGAAGUCAUUUAUAUUUGUUGAGAAUGUAUUAUUUGACCUCCAAAAUAAUAUUUUUUACAUUUUUGAA